CUCAACACGCUACAAAGUUGAGGCACUUCCGGGUGUUGCACUGGUCGGUGCGACCGCCAGAUAUGUUCGUGUGCAACACAUAAACAAACAGAACUAUUUACUUUAGCACUCUGUUGACGUGUUUUUUUCUCGAAGAAAGUCACAAACAGUACUUAUAUCGUUAAAUUGUUCAUUUGCUUUUUUUGUAAUGUUUGGUGAUGGAACAGAAGUUAGCAGAGUUCAGAGCCCGGAGGAAAAUGGAGAAACGGGAAGUAAAAACUGAACAUCAGCCUGAAAGUUCGUGCUCGGAAACACACGAAGCUCCCAAUGACGCUGCAAAGUCCAGCAGGUCCACAGAGUCAAACCCAGCGGGACAGGAGGAAAGCAGAGACUGGCUGCUGGACAGUGCUGUUGGUCGCUGGUCCGGUGUACAGCGUCUGGCUGUUACUAAUCUGACCGUGCUGAAGGUGCUCCUGUGGCUUGUGUUACUUGGUCUGUUCUCAGAGCUGGAAUUUGGACUGCCCUUCUUUCUCCUGUCUCUGUUUUACUGGCUUUAUGAAGGUCUGCGGAAUCCAGCGGUGAGAAAGCCCGGUGAGCUGAGCGCCUAUUCAGUGUUUAACCCUAAUUGUGAACCCAUCCUGGGCACACUCACUGCAGAACAGCUGGAGGGAGAGAUGGGCUACAGACCAUUGAACAACAGAGUGAAUAGAUAACAAAACUUCUGACUGGCUUCAGAAUUAACAUGGUUGACUUUUGGAUCAUCCUACAGAAAGAUGUAAACACCAUACAAACGUAUAAACAGAUACACAAAAGGCCAUGAGUAACAGAGGAAAUACACAGAGCUUACAAAGAAGGACAAACAUGAAGAGCUGAUGUCCUUAACUAAGCUUUCUUGUGUCAAAUUCCGUUUAGAAAGCUAGCUGUGUGUAUACACACUUUCUACAACUUUCUUGAUGCUAGCCAGUUUAUUAGGAGAAAAACUUCUCAAAUGUUUUAACCCUUUAAUGCCACAUUUGUGAAUCACAUUUUUUUAUAUUUCAUUAAAGCUAAAAUAAAGUAAAAAUAUUCAACAAA